UACUACAGUCUUAAUUGUACUAUACGACUAGAAAAAAUUAGAAAAUGACAGGGUUUGGCUCAUCAUGUGGAGCAUGCAAGUUACUAAGGAGAAAGUGUUCUAAUGAUUGUGUAUUUGCUCCUUACUUCUCUUAUGACCAAGCUUCAACACAUUUUGCAGCUGUUCAUAAGGUUUAUGGUGCUAGUAAUGUUUCUAAAUUAUUGUCACAUCUUCCUAUUCAUAAUAGAAGUGAUGCUGCCAUCACCAUUUCUUAUGAAGCCUUGGCCCGCAUGCAAGAUCCUAUUUAUGGUUGUGUCGCUCAUAUCUAUGCAUUGCAACAUCAGGUUGCAAGCUUACAAGAGGAGAUAGAUAUACUUGGAAGUCUAAUAGCAAAUUCAAGUGUUAGUGUUGUGAAUUAUGACAAUGUCCAAGCAACAAUGAACUCAAACAAUGGAACACAAUAUUACCAUAAUCAAAUGGCUAAUUUUCUUUCACAUGAAGGAGGAGCCACAUACCAAAGUUUCAACUCAUACAUGGAUAUGGAACUUCCUUAUGCACAUGGUUUGGCAGAACCUUUAUAUGGUGAUUCUAACUCCAAUCUAUUAGAGAAGUUCCUAUCAGGAAUUGACCAAGAGGGAUUCCUUAACCACCCUUGGUUCAAGCAUAAUGAAAACAUGAAGAACUAGGAAUAUUAAAUUAAAUAUUUAUUAUAGACUAUAUAUAGUACUUCUCCAACUUUAUAGUGCUUAUCCUACAUUGUACAAAAUGAUUGCUUGAAAUCAAGCUUAUGUUGGAUGUAUGUUUUACAAUACAAUCAUAAAUCAUAUAGGCAAGAGUUUA